UUAACAAACCGCUUACACUGGUAAGAACUGCAAAACGCGCUGUCAUUGCAUCAACAAUCGAGGAAAUGUUUAAAUUGGCAUGUAUAAAAGGUAAAAGGAAGUAUACCGUAUUCCAAGGUGAAGACGAAUAUAAAGCAAGAGGAAAAAUUGGAUGUGAGGUGAUUCCAGUUGGAGAAUCUUACUUCAAACUGUGGGUAGCUUCCGGUAUUGCGAAAAAUUUUAAGUACAAAAGGACCAUCGACCUCGGGAUACUCAGAUUAAAGGAAGUUGGAUUGUGGAAUAAGUUAGUAGAUCGUUGGUUAACGGAGAAAAGUCAACGUCAUAAUAAUGCCAACGUAGAACCGAUUGGGAUAGAGCAAGUUUCUUUAGUAAUUUUAAUGAUAUAG